AUGGAAGAAGGUGACUUUGAUCAACGCCUUAGAGAUUUGCAAAGAGAGUACUUGGAGUUUUUAGAUGAUGAGGAAGACCAAGGAUUGUAUAUGGAAAGGGUGAAGCAGAUGAUAACGGAAAAGUCGAAACGCCUUGUUGUAAAUAUAAACGACCUAAGAAGAAAAAAUCCAGCCCGUGCUAAAAACAUUUUGGAAAAUGCAUUUGAGGAACAGAUCGCUUUUCAAAAAGCACUCAAGGAAUACGUGUCUUCCAUUGAUCCGACAUAUGCUAAAGAACAGGAAGAGUUCUUUGUAGCGUUUUCUGGUAGCUUUGGAACAAAACACGUUACUCCUAGAAGUUUAACUUCAAGGUAUUUAGGUAAUCUUAUUUGCGUUGAGGGAAUAGUCACACGAGUAUCUUUGGUUCGCCCAAAAAUAGUGAGAAGUGUGCACUACUGUCCAGCAACUAAGAAGGUUAUGGAACGUAAAUAUACAGACCUAACUUCUUUUGAGGCCUUUCCCACUUCUGCUGUGUAUCCAACUAAGGAUGAUGAGGGUAAUCCACUUGAAACAGAGUAUGGCCUGUCCCGUUACAAAGACCAUCAGACGCUUACAGUCCAAGAGAUGCCUGAAAGGGCACCGGCUGGGCAAUUGCCUCGCAGCGUAGAUGUAGUUUGUGAUGAUGAUCUUGUUGAUAAAUGUAAGCCAGGAGAUCGAGUGCAAGUAGUCGGAAAUUACAGAUGUUUGCCAUCAAAACAAGGAAGCUUUACGGCUGGAACAUUUAGGACCGUAUUAAUAGCAAACAAUAUCACCCAAAUCAACAAGGAUGCCAAUCUGUCCAUCACAAUUGAAGAUAUCAAACUCUGUAAACGGCUCGCCAAGAGGGCCAAUACUGACAUGUUUGAGUUGCUGAGCAAGUCACUUGCGCCAUCCAUACAUGGACACGAUUACAUCAAGAAGGCCAUAUUGUGUUUGCUACUUGGUGGUAUGGAGAAAAUAUUGCCCAAUGGAACCAGGCUGAGAGGCGACAUCAACAUACUGCUGAUCGGCGACCCCUCGGUGGCGAAGUCGCAGCUGCUGCGUUACGUGCUGCUGACGGCGCCGCGCGCGGUCACCACCACGGGCAGGGGCUCCUCUGGCGUGGGGCUCACCGCCGCCGUCACCACCGACCCGGAGACGGGCGACAGGAGGCUGGAGGCGGGCGCGAUGGUGCUGGCCGACCGCGGAGUGGUGUGCAUCGACGAGUUCGACAAGAUGUCGGACGUGGACCGCACCGCGAUCCACGAGGUGAUGGAGCAGGGCCGCGUCACCAUCGCCAAGGCGGGCGUGCACGCCGCCCUCAACGCGCGCUGCUCGGUGCUGGCCGCUGCCAACCCCGUCUACGGAAGGUACGACCAGUACAAGACGCCGAUGGAGAACAUCGGGCUGCAGGACUCGCUGCUGUCCCGUUUCGACUUGCUCUUCGUGAUGCUGGACAUAGCCGACGCCGACCACGACAACCUCAUAUCAGAGCACGUGCUAAGAAUGCACAGAUACAGAAAUCCUAAGGAACAAGAUGGUGAGGUUUUACCUAUGGGCUUAACGGUGGAAAUGCUCUCGACGGAAAACCCUGACGCUGAAGAAGUUGAUGAAUCGAGCGAGUCGAUAUACGAGAAGUACGAUCCCCUGCUGCACGGCAACACGCGCAGCAAGAAGGAGCAGAUAUUCAGCACGAAGUUCAUGCGCAAGUACAUCCACAUCGCGCGGCUGAUCAAGCCCAAGCUGAGCCAGGACGCGUGCGACGCCAUCGCGGACGAGUACGCGAGGCUCAGAGGCCAGGACUCCAUGGAGGGUGGCGUGGCCAGGACGCAGCCCGUCACAGCCCGUACCCUGGAGACCCUGAUCCGGCUGUCCACCGCGCACGCCAAGUGCCGGCUCAGCUUCCAGGUCUCCAGCGAGGACGCCCACGCCGCCAUAGAACUCCUGCACUUCGCCUACUUCAAAAAGGUUCUGAUGAAAGAGAAGCGUCGCAAGAGACGUGCAUCUUCCGCCGACGAAGGCGCCGCCUCUGAAGGGGAACGCAGCAAGCAGCCUCGAGCAAAAAAAUCGCGAACUAAGGAGAAGAGUGGAACUUCGGAUCCUUACGAUUUCUCAUCGGACGAGGAGGCGGAGCCGAUGCUGCGAGCCGCCCACUCCACUCAGCCCGAGGCAACGCGCACCACAAGGUCCACUCCCAAAUCCAUCGACUCUAGCCGGCUAACACAAUUCAAAUCGGCGCUACAGCAGUUGUUCAGAGAGGAGCGCGCAAACUCUCUACCCCUGGAGAGGAUCACGUCUUAUGUGAACGAGAAGUGUUCGCAGCAGACCUUCGACUCUGGCGAAGUGCAGGCAGCGCUGGAGCGAAUGACGCAGGACAACCAGGUCAUGAUGGCAGACGACAUUGUCUUCCUUAUU